GUCAUUUGAAUCCGUCGCUGCCUGUCUCCCGGGCCCUAGUGGAUGGAGGUCAUGAGGUCCACUACCUCUGCCGUGAGCAGAUGCGCGAAGCCAUCGAGGGCACUGGAGCCACCUUCCAUGACGAGGUGACGGCCAUGCCGGAGAUGUAUGAAGGGCGUACACCAGACAUGUUUGGAGCCUUGACAGAUGUCACCAAGGAAUACGGCUUGGAAGAUGACUCUUUGAUGGUAGCUAUGUGUAAAAUCAAGGAGAUCAUGAGUGAAAUGAUGCUUCCAGGUCUCUUGCGAUGGCUUAAAAGCGUCAAUGCCCAAGUAGUGGUGUGCUGCCCACUGCUGAACCGCGAGGCCUGUUGGGGCGCCCAGAUCACCGGCAUUCCCUGCGUGGGUUUGAUGACCACGGCGGGACCUGGGAGCAUGGCCCAUGCGAUGAAAGACUUUCUGGAGAAGAUGGGGAUGACCGUCGAGGAAUGCCUGGAACACCGCAAGAACUACCAGCCACUGCAGGAGUGCUUUGAGCGCUUGCGAUCCAAGUAUGGCAUCAAGGUGGCCUACAACGAUGACAUGGAGCCUUGCGGCAAAUGCUCCGUGGCCAUUGACUCCGCCUUCACCUUGGUGACCACGGCAGAGUUCUUGGCGGAUCCAACGCCUAAGGAUCUCCAGGAGCUUUAUGAGGCAAAGCACACCAAAUUCAUCUUUGUUGGGCCGCUGCUGGACAAAGCCGGAGCCAAACGUGCCGCAGGACAUAAGUUCACCAUGGAAAAAGGGACCCACGACGAAGCCGCCGGGAACCCCGCGGUGCCCGAGUGCGACCCCGUGGCGAGGCUGAAAGAGGCCAAGGCUGCGGGCCGGAAGGUGAUCUACAUCAGCAUGGGGACCGUGAUCACUGGCGAUUCACCGGAGGUGGGUUGGGUGAACCGCAUGAAGGUGGGAAACCAGGAGAAAGGUUUCACGGGCAAAGAACUCUGCCAGGCCGCCUGGCAAGGCGCCUUUGAGGCCCUGGGUUCCGAUGCGCCUGAUGCGCCGUUGCUGCUGGUCUCAUUGGGUCCACAGGCAGAUGCCCUGGAGAAUUUGGAGCUGCCCAAGAAUGCCUUCUGUUUGCCAUCAAUGCCGCAGGUUGACUUGUUGAAGUCUGGCGUGGAUUUGUUUCUGACCCAUGGAGGUCAAAACAGCUUCAUGGAAUCUCUGAGCGUCGGCACCCCCGUGGUGGUGUGUCCUGGCUUCGCAGAUCAGCCGGUGAACGCUCAGAAGGCCGUGGACAUCGGGGUUGGUUUGCAGGUGACGCGACCCAUGUGUGAGUUGGAAGAGGUGGAACAAGAAAUCCUGAAGUACAAGACGGAGGUGAAAGCUGCUGUCACAGAAGUCUACCAAAACAAAAGUUUUCAGUCCCGUGCCGAGCAGUGUUCUCAAGAACUCCGCGACGCUGGUGGUGUUGACCGUGCAGUGGAUCUGUUGUUGGGCAUCUUUGUUGACCCACAAAAGUUGGGUGGCGCAUGA